AUGGCAUGUGCGCAGUCACUUGCAAUGGCAAUACAACAAAGUGGACUCGGCAGCACUAUCAAACCAGCGUAACGUGUACGCUUCGCAAAAAGAGGGUAAGCAUUGUUUACCUGCACGAAGUAAAGGUGAGUCAUUUUAACGUGACUUCCUUUGGAAGUGCUGCCGAGUCCACUGAAGGGGGUGUUGAUUCCGGGGGGCUUUAUACGUGGUGAUGGCGGUGUAGAUUGGGAUGCUGAUAGUCCUGGGAGCACGAUAGGCAAGCUGUAUGGUGAUUCCGGGUGUGGCGCUGCGGGGCAGGAACGUCGGUAGUUCGGUAGAUCCUGUGCCGGUGCGGGGCGGUGCGGCUGGCACGGUGCUUCCGCGAUGUAGACAGGAUUCCAGGACUGAGAAGUUCCAGCAUUCGUGACAGCAGCGCAGCAGGUGUGGGAACCGGGUGACCAUGAACAGGCCAGGAAGAGCAGCUGCACGAAGUAAAGCGAUACCAACAAGACACAUCAAGCUGCGCUUCCGAACACCGUACUGUGCAAAAACCGGUUCGGCUUUGCGACACUGCAAGAGGACGUGGAGGACGGUCGGCCUCUCACCACAUCGACCACAGGUUGGCGGUUCAUUUCCAGUAUCACGACAGGAUUCAAGGGUAUGCUACCGCAAAGGUCCUGUGUUGAUGGCGACGCUUGGUUCACCGUCGGCCGUCGUACUGCAGUGCCUGGGUUAUCCAUCGGAAAAUAUCGGACCUAAUGAAGACACCGAGCUGAAAGGUUUACGUUGGAUGCGCAGUCAAUCGUCGAGUCCGUCACCGGAUCAACCACCAGUUGUGGAUACGACUGCAUUGCUCGGCUGGCAACAUGGAACCUUAUCUACGACAACCACAGUGCUAAAGCACACCCAUUUCGACAGCACUUCGGGUCACGACACCCCAGCUGCGAUGCCACGCUCACUUUUCAUGCUUGUGCAGGAGGGAGCCGAACAUCCAUCGGCUAGUCCAGCGCGAUACGAGGCCACGCCGGCCAGCAACGCCAAGAGUUCGCGCAAGCGGAGCUCGGACGAAGCGGCUGGCGGAAGCCGCGCCAGACCCAAGUGCUCGCGGCCGGGUAGCCGCGCGUCGAACCUACAGCCGCCAAGCCGGGCCCGGAGCCUCCUACUGCCGGACGGCUACGGGCGUGCCUCCGAGCCGCCGCUGGUGGUCGUCGACGACCCGGCGUCGUCCUCGUCCACCGGCACCGUCUCCUCCCAGGGCGGCCUGACGUCGGGCAAGGGCGACGACUCCAGCGACGGCCCCGAUGGUCUGUCGCGGCCCCGGAAAGCGGGGGGAGGAAGCGGCCAGGUUUCCACCGGCGAAGGGCUCACCAUGGGCAAGCUGGAGGACGCCAUGAAGAAGCACUUGCCCGAGGUGCGCUCCACGCACUCGGCGGCCAUCCAGUGGAUCGGGGCGCCCCACCAAACCGGCGUGGCUGGUGCCGGGGCGUCGCCGCACGCCGCCGGCGGACCCUUGCCUGCGUCGACGCUGCUACGGUAGCUGUACGUGAACCGUGAGUCGGUAAUACGGUCCGAGUCCCACGCGUCCGCUGCCUCCUCGCGGCCGACGUACUACGAAGACGUGCCGACGCCCCCCGAGGGACCACGGACGACGCCCGACGUGUUCGUCCUUCCCCCGUACGCCGGCUACGUCGAGCCACCACGCCUGUCCACAGCCGUCACGCCCCCGUCGUCGGUGUCGCCUUGCGACAACAAGCUGGGACUCGCCGAGAGCCCUGCGUUCUCCGAGGCGGCGGCCGUGGCUGCAGCGGCGCCGAUGUCGCACAUGCGCUACUACGUGUCCGCGGCUGAGUUGCCCCUCAAGCCGCAGGUGCUGGUCCACCCCGCAAGCCUGGACUACUUCACGCCGCAGGAGCAGCAGCUCUACGCUGGCGGAUUCCACUUGUACGGCAAGCCCGUCGGUGCCUGGUACUCGUAGCAGCCGAACAUGUAGCGCGGCCUCUCGGCAAUCCUGUGAAUCGCCCACUUGUUCUCUGGCGGCUUCGGUGUGCGUGCGCGUGUGUAAAUGGACCGGUGUGUGACC